CCAUGAGUCAUUUAAAUUUCCCUGCAAUUUCAUAUAAAUUGCGGCUCUACCAUCAGAGGGCCAAAAUGGCGUGGCAAUGUGCAAAGUGAAUAAUGUGUUUAUUUCAUUUUAAACAUACAUAUAUACAAUUUUAUUAUUAGUAAACAAUUGUUUAGUUUUUAAUCAUUUAAACUCAAUUUUUUAUUAUUUUUCUACUAAACUGUAAUAGAGAAAAAUGCAUUGUCUGCAUAUACAUAUAUAGUUGUAAUCAAAUAAAGUCUGAAUUACAUUUUCCAGAUAAAUGUGAUAUUGAAUAUUUUCAAUUGUCUUUUUAUUAUUCAACUGUACUUUAUUGUUAAAUUUAAAAAACACAAUUAGAUUAUUAAUCUAUUUGUAUUUAACUAAGUGAAUAACAAAGUUAUGAACUUUUUGGCCAUAAAAUAAUUAUUUUCUGCACAACAUGGCGUCAAUAGAUGAUGAUUUCGUCCAAAAAAUUUCGUCGAAUGUUAUCAACAACUAUCAACAAACCACUAAAUGGGUUCCUUUAUCGUUAACGCAUGUUGAAUAUCCUCAAGGAGACUCUUUUGGACACUUUUUAGCAUUAAUAAGCCUUAUACCAUUUGCUAUAAUUGCUGGCUUUGUGACACUUAUUCUUUUCCGACGAGAUCUACACACAAUAUGUUUUUUUAUUGGAAUCAUCGUCAACGACAUUUUAGGAUUGUUUUUGAAGUAUACAAUUAAAGAGGAAAGACCCAUAAGACGGGAUAUUAUUUAUGUUGAGUAUGGUAUGCCUUCUACUCACUCACAACUCAUGUGGUUUUUUACAAUUUAUACAAUUUUAUUUGUUUGUCUAAGAAUGCAUCAUAGCAACAAUAGUACUACAUCAGAAAAAUUUUGGAGAUGGACCAUCAUUGGCGGAUGUACAUUUGUAGCUCUUCUCGUUACCUAUAGUCGCAUUUAUUUACAAUACCAUACUCUAUCUCAAGUAUUUUGGGGAUUUAUUGUUGGUGGUUUAUUCGGAAUCACCUGGUUUUUUCUCACUCAUCAAGUCUUCACUCCAUUUUUUCCCAUGAUUGUAUCAUGGCGAAUAUCAGAAUAUUUAUUAAUUCGAGAUACCACACUAAUACCUAAUGUAUUGUGGUUUGAAUAUACAAAUACACGAACUGAAAUGCGAGCUCGUUCAAGAAAAUUAGUAUCUAUGAAAUCUCAAUGACGUUUAACGGUUCUCCAGUGGUUGGAAAAUAAAUAAAUAAUAGAAUA